AUGGGCAACCUUGAUUUAGAAAUGCCAGGACCCCCGAAUCGUCGUCAACUAGAUGUUGUUAAAAAGGCAUUAAAUGACGGACAAGUCGAUAUUAAGGACAUUGACCAGCGAGCAUUGGCAGUCUUGAAACUGCUCAAGAGAACGGGCAAGCUCACCGAUCGUAAGAACACUCCCAAAGAGCAAGCUAUCAGCCGACCCGAGCACGAGGCUCUCAUCCGAGAGGCUGGGGCCGAAGGCAUAGUGCUUCUGAAGAACUCCCCAGCAGUACUGCCGUUGAACCCGGAGAAUUCUCGCAAGAUUGCGCUUCUAGGACCUUUAGCCAAUACGAAAUAUCGGCCGCAGUCUUCCGGCAAACACUACAUGAGCUUCUCUGGCCUCGGUCCAUCCAGAUUGUUCAUCCACGGUCAGCUAGUUAGCCACCAAGUCAAGGAAACUAAAGAUAGCAUGGGGUUCCUACUUGGCGUGCAAGAGGAGCAUCGAUUCCAGCAUGACUUUUUAUGCACUGAAUCGUAUGACAUCACGAUCGAGUCAAUUCCGUCCCAGGUCAACAACUCGGAGCUAUUCCUCCUCCAAGAUCAAAUCUCGGUACACUUGGGACUUGUCCAUCAAGCUGAAAUGGAGACAGAUCUCUUGGCGGAAUCGAUCGCCCUCGCAAAGGAUGCAGAUAUUGCAAUCUGUAUUGUGGGGAAUACAGCGCAGUGGGAGACUGAGGGUCAAGAUAUGGCAAGUAUGACGCUGCCGGCGGAUGGAUCACAGGACAGGCUCGUGGCGGAGGUUGUCAAAGCUAACCCAAACACAAUCGUCGUCAUCGCCACGGGUGUGCCUGUUGAGAUACCAUGGCUAGAUGAGGUGCCUGCUGUGAUACAGGCAUGGUACGGGGGUCAAGAGACAGGAAAUGCCAUUUUGGACGUCUUGCUUGGGCACGUUAACCCGAGCGGCAAGCUUCCGGUUUCUUGGCCCAAGAAAUACGAGCAUACUGCUUGCUACGGAAACUUUGGCCUUGACAGCUAUGACAGUGGUGAAGUGGAGUAUGUUGAAGGCGUCAAUGUCGGGUACAGACACUUUGAUCGACUCUACGGCACCCAAAAGGAGGUGCUCUUCCCGUUUGGUUUUGGCCUCAGCUAUUCCACCUUCGAAGUCGGCAAAGCAGAGCUCAUGGGGUCCUUCAGUCAGGCAGAUGAAAAUGCCGAGGUGACGGUGACUGUGACUGUCAAGAACACGAGUUCGCGAGCAGGAGCCGAGACAGUGCAGGUCUAUCUCGCACCGCCGAAGGGCAAUGCAGACGUCGGCCGACCGCCUCAGUCACUUGUGGCGUUUGAGAAGGUCUUACUGCAGCCGGGGCAGGAGCAGCAACUGAGGCUCACGUUUAAGAGAGACGCCGCGGCGUUCUGGGUUGAUGAACCUGCUGAGCGCCGUGGUCAGGUGUGGCGGGUGGAAGGCGGGCGGCACGAAGUGUCUAUUUCAACCAGCUCUAGCCCGAAGGAUGUCAGAGCACGCUGUGUGUUGGACAUUGGUGAGGCAUUUGAGUUUCAAGCAUAG